ACAUCACCGUCUCUGGAUACAGAAUACAACGUGGAGCACCGAAUCCGAAACGAAGAAAAAGUCCAAGGGGGGGAACUGACGUCACCAGGAAACAAGAAUAAAUACAAAGGUGAGGACUGGAGAAAAGGCAAAGCAGGGAAGAAAGGAGUAAGACAGGCUUAUCUGUGAGGAUCUCCACUGAGCGAUUUCACUUCGUAACUUGAAGCCUAAACAUGGCUGGUGCUUUGCAAUAUAUUUGUCUGCUCCUGACUUUUGGCAUUCCAAUCCACGAAUGUACGGCGGUGUACGAAGAUGCCAAGUGUGUCACAGAUCCACCUUGUUUUGAUCUGAACAUAGUGGCGAAGAUGGCUAGACAGGUCAGCGAGGAUCUGAUAGCUGCAGAUGGUGAGAGUAUCCUUCUAAAACACAACCUCUUUGACAAAAUUCGCAAAAAGAAAGACCUCCACAGCUGCGUCCUGCUGAAAAUCCUCGAUCUCUUUGAAAACGUGCUGGUUAGGACAGAGGAAAAGUCACCUGUCCAUCCCAAAGGAGAAAUUAACCCCCAUACAGAGCUCAUACAUAUCAUGGAUCGACUAGAGACCUGUGUCUAUAAGAAUAAAAAAGGAUGCGAUAGGCUAUAUAGCAAAGCUAUUAACACGGCUCCUAUGCGUUCCAGUAAGCUGGAGCCUAUUCAGGCAGCGAUCCUACAGCUACAAAAACUGAACAAUGCGAGUGAAAGCCUCGAUGAUGUGAAUAUUCAGAAGAGAGCCAUGGACGAACUGAAAUCCCUCCAUCUCUACAUAAGAGGAAAAGGUUUUCGGAAAAAGCUGAGCGACUGACAUUCUGUGAAUGUUGUUUUAUUAAAGCCAAAGGGACACCAGUCCAGUUUCUCUCUUAAAACAAGACUAUGCUAAUUUUCAUGUUUCUAAUAAUGAUGCUUCAGGUUAUCAAGCUUUGUAAUGCGAAUAUUUAAAUUAUUUUUUUAAACUAAAGAGUAUUUAAACAGCACAAAAGCGACAUAACGCUAUGUACUUUCGGUGAAAGACUAUGAAUGUACUGCAGUAAAGGCAGCUAAGAGAAAAACUUUACAAAGGAUGCAUUGAAAAAUAAAAGUUUUGUACUAUAUUCGAAAAUUUGACUUCUCAUUAAAGCCCUUUAUAACAUCUGCUGUGUCCAUGUAAUUGCUUUGUCUGUA